AUGUGGAAGUUCAUGCAGUCAGCCAACCAGAAGAGGGGACUCAACAUGCAGACGUUCCGCGAAUUGUACGAUUGGAGUGUGGGCGACAACCGCACUGACUUUUGGGAAGACGCGUGGAACUCCAGCGGUUUAAUUUACGAAGGAAGUUACAGAAAGGUCGUCGACGUAUCGCAGCCUAUGGAGAGCAUCCCCCAGUGGUUCGAAGGCACGAGACUGAAUUUCGCUGAAAACAUCCUGUUUUCUGCGUCUCCAUCAGAUCCCUCGCGCCGAACAACGGAACACAAAGAAGACGCCAAGAUCGCUUUGACAGAGGUGCGCGAGGGCAACACCGAGGUUCGUCACUUGUCUUCCAGUAGCACAGACAUGGGCACCAAAGGCAUCUUGGAGCGACUGUUGCAGGUGAAGCCUGCAUACGUCUUCAUCGACGACUGGGCCAUCUACAACGGAAAGAGUAUGGACCUGCGCCCGAAGAUUAAGGAGAUCGUGGAGGGAAUGGCAGAUGUGGCGGAGUUCAAAGAGGUCGUGACGCAACCCCGUUUUCCAGGGAAGCCAGCAGGUCUGAAAGAUGUACCGCGCACCGUUACCCUCGAAGACUUCGUGAAGGCUGGGAAGGGCAACGAUAAAUUGAUUUUCGAGAGGGUGGCUUUCAGAGACCCUUUCUUGAUUGUAUACUCCAGUGGCACUACCGGUGUGCCAAAGUGCAUCGUGCACUCCACGGGUGGUGUCUUGAUCAGCGUCACAAAAGAAGGUAGGUUGCACCGCGAGAUGGGACCCGACAACGUGAUGCUACAGUACACCACAACUGGCUGGAUCAUGUAUCUUGUUUCCGUACAAUGCUGUCUCUUCGGCAGCCGAUCUGUACUGUACGAUGGAUCUCCCUUCAUUCCUUCAGCGGAAAAGUUCCUGUCGAUUCUCGAGGAACAACGCGUCACUGACUUCGGCACAUCACCUCGUUUCCUCCAGGAGCUUCAAAAACACAAUAUAGUCCCCAAGACCCUUUUCGACCUGUCAGCUCUGCGCUCUCUGUGCACUACUGGUAUGGUCUUGUCAGACUCCCAGUUUGAGUGGUUCUACGACGUCGGCUUCCCGGUAACGGUCCAUCUGCGCAACAUCUCCGGCGGUACUGAUCUUGCUGGCUGCUUCGGCAUUGAGAAUCCGCUGGAGCCUGUCUAUACCGGAGGCUGUCAAGGUCCUUGUCUGGGCACGAAACUAGAGGUCUUCGACAGCACCAUUGAAGACGGCCCUGGAAAGGCUGUACCGCACGGCGAGCCAGGCGAUCUUGUUGCAACUGCGUCAUUCCCUAACCAGCCGGUGUUUUUCUGGGGCGAUGAGAGCGGCGAGCGCUACCAGAGCGCUUACUAUACGCGUUUUCCGCAUGUUUGGACCCACGGUGACUUCAUUCAGAUCCACCCCGCGACUGGGCAGGUGCUGUUCCUGGGCCGUGCGGAUGGAGUGCUGAACCCCAGUGGCGUGCGUUUCGGUUCUGCGGAGAUAUACUCGGUGAUUGAGACGUACUUCCCGGAGGUUUCGGACAGCAUCUGCGUGGGACAGCGCCGACCGCAGGACAGUGACGAGAGUGUCAUACUAUUUUUGAAGAUGCAUGAGGGUUGUGAAUACGAACCAAAACUGGUGCAGCGUAUCAAGGACAAGAUCGCGAGCGAACGAAGUCGCAGACAUGUGCCCAGAUACGUGUUUCAGACAUGGGAUAUUCCGACGACCGUGAAUCUGAAAAAGGUAGAGUUGCCAAUUAAGCAAAUUGUGUCUGGCAAGAUCAUUAAGCCGAGUGGGACAUUGGCAAACCCGGAAAGCUUGAAGUACUACGAGCAAUUUGCGAAGGAUGAGGUUGGACCACAUUCACGUGACUUGAGCAUCCGACAUCGUUUCAAUCUCCGGUGA